GACGGGAGUCCAUGCAUGGCACGCAACGAUUCUGCUGUGAUUUAGAGAGAACGUCUCGUGGAUUUAUUGCUGGGUUAUAAAUUGUGUUUGGAGGAGAGCAGUUCAAGUUAUGAAACACUGCAGUAUAUCACUAGGCUGGUGUCGAUAAUAGCUUUUUGGACUGAACUGAACUGUAACUUGAGACCACGCUGGUAGAACUUGGAUAUGAGGAUAAUCCUGUCUUGUCAACAUACAAUAUAUGGGCGGUUCUAUUGAACGGAGAAUCUUUUAAAUCACCUUGCGUUGGAGCAGUGGUUGGGGUUCCCCGCGUAUCAGGUCCACGCCAAUGCUCUGAGAGGACUGUCACCUGGUGGAGUCUGUGAGGUGGUGGACUUCAGUGUGUAGGCUAGGAACAAUGAUUGACAAGUGAGACAAUGGGAUGCACAUCGUCAAGAACUCUUUCAGCUGAGGACCAGUUAAACUCACGAGACGAAAGUACCAACUGUCCGAUAUGUUUAAACUCGAUUAAACAGCCCAAAACACUACAGUGCCAGCAUGCCCUCUGUUCACGGUGUCUUCAACGCUAUAUCAACAGCCUCGAUAAUACAGACAAGCUAAGGGGGUUCCCCUGUCCCAUCUGCCGGAAGCUGACCAUCAUAGCCAAUCCUGACACGCCACGUCAGACAUGGGUUUCGCAGCUUCAAGAAUCUGAACAAGUAGAACCAACACCGGUACAGAACAGAAGUUCCCGCCUAGUCGAACCCAAUACUGCCAUACAUCCGUCACGUGCACGUGACAAUGACGUCAUCAAGUCCAAAGUGAGAGGCGAGUCCUUUGAUCCUCUGAUUGUUGACAUCGUUGUUGUUGAUGUUGAUGAUGUAGCUGUGGUCGUGGUAGCCGACUUCAACAACAAGUCGCUCAAGUCGCUGUACAGACAACGAGGACGAGAUGAGUUCUCGUCUCUUUCACUUGAGUCCAACCCGUUCUGUGUGGCCUUGGUAUCUGACCGCACGGUGGCCUUGACCUUGCCUUGGUCAGACAAAAUAUGCAUAACGGAAGUCACCCCGGACCUUCGCGUAAGCAAAAGCAUUGAAACUGACAAAGCUUAUUAUGGGAUUGCGGGGAUUGAUGAGGAUUGUCUUGCCGUGAGCACGACCUGGCAAACGCCAUGUUCCGUCGACAUCAUAGAUCACAGCGGAAGAGUCAUCAAGACCAUCGACACCACCGACUACGGUGACAGUUUGUUCUCCGAUCCGUGGUACAUGGCUGUCACGCCCUCUGGUGACAUUCUUGUGUCAGACUGUCAAGAACAGUCACUCUUGUGUUUAGAUCAAAGCGGCCACACCAGAUGGCGCUUCAAGCCUCGUGGGGAGGGAAUGUUGAAAAUCCCGGCAGGUGUUGCUUGCGACAUUGAGGGCAACAUUUACCUGGCUGAUACCGACCGACAUUGUGUCCUGACCAUUGACGAACAUGGCCGGUUUCUGCGGGAGGCGGCUUCAAGCGCCGACGGAGUUGAACGUCCACGGUGUGUUACCGUCACGGACGCAGGGCGCAUGUAUGUCACAAUGGAAAAUGGGGAUAUUAGAAUAAUUAACUUGAGGUGAAUGAUUACACAGAUGGCAACACAGACAUGACGAAAUAUACUGAAAUGCAUUUUUGUUAGAAAUCACUUAGAUGUACAUGAGUGAGUGAGUGAGUAUGGUUUCACAUCGCUUUUAUCAAUAUCCAAGCAAUAUCAUGGCGCGCGAAACCAGAAAUGGACUUCACACAAUGUAC